GCCGUAUGCUAUUUUGAUCGUGCUCUACGCGCCCUCUUGCGUGGGGUCAGCGCCAACGCGCGCCCAGCAGCUCCAGCGGCUUUUCCCAUGUGAGGCCUGGUCCAAGCUUCGCUGCCGAUCCACUGCAAGGCUGGCGGACCUCCGCGCCCGACAAAUUUGGCCGCGACGAGCAGACACACGACGACACGCCCGCCAUCGACACCUCGCUGCGCAUUGGGGCCCCGACGACCCUGCAUCGCCUGCCACACGCCGUUGCAUCGCGCUUUGCUACCUACCAUCCGCACGACCGCGCCCCCGCGCCUGCCCCUUGAGGGCUUAAAUUCUCCACCCCGGCUCUGCGAUUGAGACUUCAUCGUCACAAUGUCCCUCGUCAACCUGGCACACGUGUGCUCGCACCUCCAGAAUGCCUCCAAGGCCCGACUAGGUCUCACGUCGAUACCCGUGUCCAAGAUGCACGUCAACCUGAUGCUCGGUCUCCAACGCGAGGGGUUCAUCUCCAGCGUGACCCUCGGCGGCACCACGCCGCCUACUCCCUUCCUGCUACAGGACCAACUCGACCCGGAAGAGCACGAAGAUAUGGCGCAGAAACUGGCUGCCGAGCCAUGGGCUGCUUACCCGUCGCCCAAGCGGGCAGGUGAGCCUCUGCUGGGUGGACGCGAAGUAUCGUACAAUGUGAAGGUCCCGCAAAAUCCGGCGCGUCGAAGGCUGUGGCUGGGCUUGAAGUAUUGGAACAACGAGCCUGUGCUCAAGACCAUGAAGCUGAUCAGCAAGCCUACGAGACGGAUAUGGCUGACGAGCGAGGACCUGGGCCGGAUCACAAGGACAAGGGAGUCGGCAUACGUGAAGGGCUUGACCCAUCCGGGAGAGUGCAUGUUUCUGAGCACGGACCGAGGCAUAUUGGAGGCACGAGAGUGUGUAGAGCGGAAAUUGGGUGGCCAGCCACUGUGCAGAGUGUACUAGAGGCCGAGGUUAGGAAUCAAGAGGAGGAGACAGGAGACGGCAGGGGCAUCACAACGUUCACACCUGUACAAGUCAGUUUAUUUGGCUCGGAGGAACAUAUCAAGGUUGCGACAUUCGACAUGUAUUGUAUGCAGAGUCUGUGGAAGUAGACGGUCUCUCCACAUGUACAGUAUGUAUGAUAAACUUUUACAUUUGGCAUCUAGCCAGCAAUUGGCCAA